AUGUCAGUUUGUGUGUGUGUGUGUGUGUGUGUGUGUUUAAAAGCACACUUGCGCAUGUGUCCUCCCAGUAGAGUAUUAGAGAUAAUCAGCUUCCCUCUGCAGAUCUCCACUUCAUGGGGAUCUACUAAUCUGAAAUGACAGACAGAACUGAACCAAUUCAAAGCACGAUGAACCUGUGCUGAUGUGGUAGCUGUAGCUCAUCUGAUGUGGUAGCUGUAGCUCACCUGAGGAACGUCUGAAAUCCUCACUUCUGUCAUGCUGGAACCAGAAAAUGACUCUUUAAUGCAGGUGGCGCCCGCCCAUACAAAAUGUUGGGUGUGUGUGCUGAGCUGCCUUCUGCUCGCCUGUCUGUACGUUGGCAGUUUGUACGUCUGGAGAAGCAGCUUACCCAGGGACCAUCCUAGUUUGAUAAAGCGUCGCUGUGCCAGUGUGCUGCUAGUCUCUGCACUGUCACCUGCAGUGGUGAAGGCAUGGAUACACUGGGCUGAUAUCAGGGUUGAUGUGUCUGUGUGGGAGUUGAUGGGAGUUCGUUUGGAAGCUCUGGUUCCUGCAGCCAUACUGCCGCUACUAAUAAAUAUGGCUUUCUAUCUUGGUCCCCUGGUUCAUUCUGCAAUGGACAACCCAGAAGGCUUCACGGGAGAACUGCAGUCUGUGCUAGAUGUUCAUUCAUGGAGGUUGUGUGUGGGAGAUGCAGUGUGGCUCAGGAACCAGGUGGUGGCACCAGUGACAGAGGAGCUGGUAUUCAGAGGGGCCAUGCUGCCCAUGCUGGUUCCCUGCACUGGACCCACAGCUGCCAUCUUCAUGGCUCCGCUGUUCUUCGGUGUUGCCCAUUUCCACCAUAUGAUAGAGCAACGGCGCCUCAGCAAGGACAAUCUCAGUGUCAUCUUCUUGGUGUCAGGGAUGCAGUUCUUGUACACAACUGUGUUUGGUGCCUUUACUGCCUUUAUAUUCAUGAGAACUGGUCAUGUUGUGGGUCCAGUUCUGUGCCAUUCAUUCUGUAACAGUCAGGGCCUGCCUGACAUCAGCUCCACCCUGCAACACCCUCAACGACCAGCUCUGCUCUUCUCGUAUCUGACCGGGAUGCUACUGUUUCUGGUGCUACUCUUCCCGCUGACAGACCAGUUCUUUUAUGGUGCCAUUCCCGUCUGCAGCCUGGCUCCCCCUCCAGCGUCUGUAUGCUAGACUAAACUAUACUCUCUCCCUUUUCCUUAAAUACUCCUGCUCUUAAAAUUACUUUU